GCCCGCGCGCGGCCCCCCGCGCGCGGGCCCGGCGGCGCGCGGGCACGGCCGUGCCCUCCUCGGGGCCGCGGGCUGCGGCUGGCGCGGCGUCCCUCCCACAUGGGUCGCUCGAGCGUGAGGGUCGUGGUGCGUGCUCGCCCAACGGCGAGCUACGCGAGCCAGAACUUCGAGUUCAGCGAGGCCUCCGACAGCAUCGACAUGCGGCUGCCCAAGGACGACACCGCCGGGCACGUCAACAACCAGCAGGAGGCCUGGCACUUCAAGCUCGACAAGGUCCUGUCCAACGCCAGCCAGGAGCAGGUCUUCGAGUGCUGCGCGCAGGACGUCGUGCGCUCCGUGAUGGAGGGCUACAACGGCACGAUCCUUGCCUACGGCCAGACUGGUGCCGGGAAGACGCACACGAUGACCGGCGGCCACGUCGGCUUCGCGGACCGCGGCAUCGUCCCUCGUGCCAUCUCGCUCGUCUUCUCGGAGGCGGCGGCCAGGCCAGAGAGCAGCAUCACCGUCCGGCUCUCCUACCUGGAGAUCUACAACGAGCUGAUGUUUGACCUUCUGCGGGACGUGGCCGUGUCCGAUCAGUCCGGCGACAUCACCAUCGUGGAGGAUGCGCGCGGGAACAUCCAGGCCAGAGGCCUCUCGGCGCCCGUCGCCGCCUCGGAGGAGGAGGCUCUCCACGUUUUCUUCCAGGGCGACACCAACCGGCACGUGGCGGAGCACGCCCUGAACAAGGGCUCCACGCGCUCCCACGUGGUGUUCACCAUCCACGUGGAGAGCCGCUCGCGCGUGGAGUCGAGCGAGAAGGUGAUCUACUCGAAGCUGCACCUCGUGGACCUCGCGGGCAGCGAGCGCGUCAAGAAGACGGGCUCGGACGGCGUGAUCCUGCAGGAGGCGACACACAUCAACAAGUCACUCACUUUCCUGGAGCAGGUCGUAGUUGCGCUCGGCAACAAGCACCGCGACCACGUGCCGUAUCGGCAGUCGAAGCUGACGCACCUGCUGAAAGAUUCGCUCGGCGGCAAUUGCAAGACGACCAUGAUCGCCAACGUCUGGCCGGAGGCCAAGAUGCUGCAGGAGACCGCCAGCACGCUCCGCUUCGCCACCCGCAUGAUGCGGGUGUCCAACGAGGCUUCCGUCAACGUGCACCUGGACCCCCAGCUGCUGAUCAGGAAGUACGAGCGCCAGAUCAAGGACCUCAAGCAGGAGCUCGCGAUGCACGACACCCUGGCUGGGCGCUCCCGGGUGCAGUACGAGGAGUACACCCCCGACGAGGUGAGGGAGCUGGAGGAGAAGGUCAAGAUGUACGUGGACGGGGAGCUCCAGGAGAUCGAGGUCUCGAGCCUGCGGAUGGUGUACGAGGCGUUCGGGUGCUUCCGCAGGCUCUACCAGCAGCUGGGCACGGAGCUGGCCUCGCGCCCCGCCGCCGCCGCGCAGCAGGGCGAGGGGGCGGACCAGGCCCCGGGCGCCGGCCCCGCCGCCCCGCAGGGCCACGCGCCCGGCCGCGAGGGCGAGGUCGGAGACGACGAGGAGGGCCGCGGCAUCAGCGUGGGCCUCGCCCCCGCCGGCAGCCGGCCCCCCGCGGAGGAGAGGGCCGGCGCGCCCGCGGGCGAGGCGGGCGAGGACGGGCGCACGCCGGGCAGCCUGUCGGACGCGUCGGUGCAGAGGGCCCGCACGCUGGCGCGGGGGGAGGAGGAGUCCCCCCCCGACAAGCAGGCCGCCUUCGCGGGCUGGAAGGCCCACGAAGGCCGGGCCUUCGAGGAGGACUUCGAGAAGUGCCGGGUGGAGCUUCGGGAGCGGAAGGAGGAGAUGCGUGUGGCCCUGACCACCGCGAACGCGAAGAAGCGGGAGAUUGACGAGGCGAAGGAGCGCUUGGACAGGAAGCAGGCGGACAAGGGCAUGGACCCGAGCGGCCGGGACGAGGAGUUCAUCGACGAGGAGGAGUACGCCCUGAUCAGGAGCCUGAAGGAGACCAAGCUGCAGUACCGCCAGGCCUUCGAGACCCACACGCGGGUCCGGACAGAGGUCAUGCAGGUGGAGCGCAGCCUCCAGCAGUGCAAGGCCAGGCUCGUGCAGGCCUUCGAGGAGUGGUACGGCCUGCAGCACGGGCAUGCGCAGCGCGCCCCGGCCGCCGUGCCGCAGGGGGACAAGUUCGACUCCCAGGAGAUGUUCGACCGCAUGGAGGCGGGCAGGAUCGAGACGCAGCACCCGGACGCGCUCGCCUUCCACAACGCGAGGAAGAACGCCGCCCGGGACGUGCGGCAGAAGCGGGCGGCGCCCGCGCGAGGCGGGCGCUGAGAGGGCGUGCGCCGGCGCCGCCUGCCGGCCCGGCACGGGCCGUCCUGCCCCCCGCCGCCGUGCCUCCCUCGCCUGCCUAUCCCCUUCCCUGCCCGUCGCGGCGCCCGCUCCCCCCGCUCCCGCGCGAACGCGCGGCCCCGGGCGCUGCCAGCCCCGCUGUCACCCCCUUGCCUCUGUUGCCGGUCGUGGUCCCGCCCGGGCGCAAACACCCUGGGCGCAUCGGCGGGGCCGCGCACCCCUUGCUCAGCACCCUCCAGCAGCUGCAGGCUCGAGGAUCGAGCACGGUGCGGCGGGGCCCGUCGCCGUGCACGAGCGAGGUCCGAGGAGCUCCUCCUGGCCGCUCCCGCCGCCUUCCGGCGGCGGGUUUGCGAUGCCAGCGCCAGUGUUUCACCCGCCCCAUGCGGCCUUGCGGAUCUCUCCCGCGGGCCUCCAUCCCUCCCCGUGCGCAGGAGGAGGAGG